UCACUCGCGGGCUUUGCGUAACACCGUGGCACUCUGCAUACGCAACGGCGGCGCACUUGUUCUUAAGCGGUCCUCUGCGAACAAAACGAUCACGCGUCCUACAGCAGCCCGCGGGGGACAAUGGAUCCGCUAUUAUGUCACACUGAAGCUGGGUAAGCGCCACGAAACGAGGAGCCAGCGAGCGAGCAAGGAGCGCUCGCGCUUGGCCGGUACCGCUUGGGUCAUCGUUACUGCUGCGCUGCCCUCAUUGAGUAGCUUCGCGACAUUCGGAAGGAGUUACGGCAUCCGUCGUAGCGGAGACAUGGCCGCGAUGCCCGCCUCCUGGCUCCCGUGGGGCCGACGACGGCUGCUCCUGGUCGUAGCCGGCGCCGCGACCGCAGCCGGAGCGCUGGCCGCUCUGGUGGUGCUGGCCCGACGGCUGCGCCUGCUGCUCGCCGGCGACGUGCUGCUCGCGGACCAGGGCGCCUACUACACGGUCGCGCUGCAGGACCGGAUGCCGCUGACGCACAACGUGCGCCUGCUGCGGUUCUCGCUGCCCGACCCGUCGCAGCGGCUCGGCCUCCGCCCCUGCGAGCACGUGUACCUGCACGCGCACCUGGGCGGCCGCGUGGUCGUGCGCCCUUACACGCCGGUCAGCCUCUGCGACCAGCGCGGCACCUUCGACCUGAUCGUCAAGGUGUACGCGGGCGACGACUCGGCGGCAGUUCCCGGCGGCGGAGUCAUGUCGCAGUACCUGGACCAGCUCGCGCCCGGAGACGAGAUACAGGUGCAGGGACCCAAGGGCCGGUUCGUGUACGAAGGGCGCGGCCGUUUCGCGCUGGUGCGCGACCCCUACCGCCGGCUGCCGCCGGCGGCCCGGCUGGGACUGAUCGCGGCCGGGUCGGGCAUCACCCCGAUGCUGCAGCUGCUCCGGCACAUGUUCGCCGAGCCGCUGGAUCGCACCGACGUCGUCAUGGUGGACGUCAACUCCACGCAGGACGACAUCAUCGCCCGCGAAGAGCUCGAAGGGUACGCGCAGCUCUUCAGCCGCAACUUCAGCAUCUGGCACGUGCUGAGCAAGCUGCCGGCGACCGGCGCGCCGGCCAACUUCCUCCAGGGCCGACUGACCACGGAGAUACUGGCCGCGCGCCUGCCGCCUCCGGGCGCCGACACGAUGGUGCUGUGCUGCGGGCCUCCGCGUCUCAUCAGCGAGGUGUGCAAGCCGGCGCUGAGGGACAUCGGCCACUCGGCCGAGCAGGUGCUCAUCUUUUGAACUGGUUGCCGGCUGCAGUGUGGAAACACACCGCGCGAACUCGAACGCGCUAAGGUCUGACGUGAAAGAGAUACGUGACAAGGAACGAGCCUUGCGUUGUGGAUCGGAUGGUGUGCGCGCCUGUUAGCCGACAGCUCGAGCCGCUUUGAUGUAGAACUCAAUGCCCUUAUAAGGCAGUAAAAGAAUCCAUCGCACUGAGAAGAAAGGUAAAAGCGAUAAGGUCACACUUGUAUUUACUUAAUGUAGGCUCUGGGUGGAGAGCACUCGUCUAGGGGACAGUGACAACCCCCGAAGAGCUUCUCUUUUUUUUCUUCUACGAUAAACGUCAGACUUCCCGAUAUAUGCGUGCGCCGGUGCCCGAUACUCGCUUCAGGAUAGAAAAAAAAAAACACAUCGGUAAUGGAGAGUAUUUCAUAAAUGCUGCAUCAAGUGAAUAUUCUCCACCAUGUCGUUAAGUCUUGAAGCCCGUUUUCAAACUACGAUUAGUACUGCGGGUAGCGCAAAUAACAUGCAAGAAAAGCAAGAACUAGACGGCAUGAGCGCAAGCUCAAUUGGCAGUCAGCUUUUACUUGCUUGCAUGGAUAUCGGCGAGGUUGCUUGCAAAGAUUUUUUUUUUUUCACUACUAGAUAUACGUGUCUGUUCUUUUGACCACCGGGUGGCACUUGUAAGACAUGUUUUGUCCCAGUCAAGCAAAAUAACUACCUCGGCGUAUACAUAAACUAAGUAAAUACUUACUCAAGCACCCGCCAAGAUAAUCUUAAGCGGAAUGCAGCAUUAUGAAACAGAGGACUUUGGGGACCACAAUAAAUAUGAGGGGGUGCGCGGAAUCAGGCAAGGAGUAAUGGUGCAAGCGCUAACGUUUUCAAAUGCCAUUGUGCUUAAAAUUGGAUACAUUGUCAAGGUUAGACCGGUUCGCUUUGGGAGCCCACGGAAAGAUCACAAUUGAGGCAGUGCAAGUUUCGAAGUCAGAGAAGCGCGCAGAGCAAGAUUAUUUU